AUGGAAGAACAGCAGCCGGAACCUAAAAGUCAGCGCGACUCGGGCCUCGGCGCGGCGGCGGUGGCGGCGGCGGCCCCCGGCAGCCUCAGCCUGAGCCUCAGUCCCGGCGCCAGCGGCAGCAGCGGCAGCGAUGGAGACAGCGUGCCGGUGUCCCCGCAGCCCGCGCCCCCCUCGCCGCCCGUGGCGCCCUGCCUGCCGCCCCUGGCCCACCACCCGCAUCUCCCCCCGCACCCCCCGCCCCCGCCGCCGCCGCCGCCGCCGCAGCAGCAGCAUCUCGCGGCGCCUGCUCACCAGCCGCAGCCCGCGGCCCAGCUGCACCGCACCACCAACUUUUUCAUCGACAACAUCCUGAGGCCGGACUUCGGCUGCAAAAAGGAGCAGCCCCCGCCGCAGCUCCUGGUGGCGGCGGCGGCGGCUGGAGGAGGCGCAGGAGGAGGUCGGGUCGAGCGUGACAGAGGCCAGACCGGCGCAGGUAGAGACCCUGUCCACCCUCUAGGCACGAGGGCGCAAGGCGCCGCCUCACUCCUGUGCGCCCCGGACGCGAACUGUGGCCCACCCGACGGCUCCCCGCCAGCCACCGCUGGCAGCGCGGGCGCGUCCAAAGCUGGGAACCCGGCGGCGGCGGCGGCGGCGGCGGCUGCAGCGGCCGUGGCAGCGGCGGCGGCAGCAGCAGCAGCGGCCAAGCCUUCGGACAGCGGCGGUGGCAGUGGAGGCGGCGUGGGGAGCCCGGGUGCGCAGGGUGCUAAGUACUCGGAGCACAGCAACCCGGCCAUCCUGCUAAUGGGCUCAGCCAACGGCGGGCCCGUAGUCAAAACUGACUCGCAGCAGCCUCUCGUGUGGCCUGCCUGGGUCUACUGCACGCGCUACUCGGAUCGUCCGUCCUCCGGUCCGCGCACCAGGAAGCUGAAGAAGAAGAAGAACGAGAAGGAGGACAAGCGGCCUCGGACGGCGUUCACGGCCGAACAGCUGCAGAGACUCAAGGCGGAGUUCCAGGCGAACCGCUACAUCACCGAGCAGCGGCGGCAGACCCUGGCCCAGGAGCUCAGCCUCAACGAGUCCCAGAUCAAGAUCUGGUUCCAGAACAAGCGCGCCAAGAUCAAGAAAGCCACGGGCAUCAAGAAUGGCCUGGCGCUGCACCUCAUGGCGCAGGGACUGUACAACCACUCAACCACUACGGUCCAGGACAAAGACGAGAGCGAGUAGCCGCCGCCGGCAGGGGCCGCGCGGUCCUGCCUCCGCGCCCGCGCCCCCUCCUGGCACCGCUCCUGCCGCCUUGGCGGCCCCGCGUCCGGGGAGAAAGAUUCACCGCAAAGGAAGAAGGGAGCGACAGGGAAGAGAGAGAGAAAGAAGCCCCCAGGUUGGACAGUCACGUUGGAACGAGACCUUUUUUAAAAGGGAGAAAGACUCGGACAGGUGCUAUCGAAAAAUAAGAUCAGUUCUUUCUUCACAGUAUAAGGGACGAAACUGCGAACUCCUUAAAUCUCUAUCUAGCCAAACCGCUUACGACCUUGUAUAUAUUUAAUUUCAGGUAAGGAAAAGAAUUAUGUGUAGCGAUCUCUAUUUGCUGGACUUUUUAUUAAUCUCCUUUAUUAUUAUUGUUAUAAUUAUUAUAAUUAUUAUAAUUAUUUUAUCCCCCGCCUCCGCCUCACUGCCCCCGGCCCAGUUUCGUUUUCUUUUGAAUGUUCUUGCUUCUCCGGUGCCUCCCGCCCCGCAUCGCUGGCCCUCGUUUCUCUGGGACUUUUCUUUGUGUGCGUGAGUGUGUUUCCUCGCGUGUCUGCCCUUCGCCUCUCCCCCACGUCCCCGGCCCCUUCUGUCGGUCUGUCUGUCUUGCCCCCCUUUCGUUUUCCGGAGACUUGUUGAGAAAUACGACCCCACAGACUGCGAGACUGAACCGCCGCUACAAGCCAAAGAUUUUA